AUGCUGGGAUCCCUUUUUCUCCUGUGGACCAGCUUCUGGUUCCUCUUUGUCCUCUUCAAAAUUCAGAGGCCCAAAAACUUCCCCCCAGGACCUUGGCCAAUCCCAAUAUUUGGGAAUCUGCUGCAGCUGAACCUGGUCAAUCUUCUUUAUGAUCUCAGGAAGCUGUCCGAGCGCUAUGGGAAGGUCUACAGUAUCUAUCUUGGGAGGAAGCCAGCUGUGGUGCUCAACGGUCUGCAGGCAAUGAAGGAAGCACUGGUCACUCAAUCUGUGGAGUUUGCUGCACGACCCAAAGACCAUAUGGUAAAUCAUCUAACGGAGGGGAAAGGGGUUGCCUUGACUGAUGGGCCGAUGUGGAAGGAGCACCGGAGAUUUGCCCUCACAACCCUACGGAACUUUGGCCUGGGGAAACGAUCCAUGGAGGAAAGGAUUCUGGGAGAGAUUUCCUACAUAGCCUCACAUUUGGAAAAGAAUGCUGGUAAAGCUACAGACCCCCAGACCCUGUUCCACAAGGCCGGAUUCAAUGUAAUCUGUACUGUCCUGUUUGGGACUCGGUUCAAACAUGAAGAUGAGUUUCUGCAGCUCAACAUCCGCCAUAUCACAGAAAUUGCAAAGAUCAUCAAUGGCCCCUGGGCCAUGAUUUAUGAUACUUUGCCGCUGGUCAGGAACCUCCCCCUGCCCUUCCAGAAGGCCUUUCAGAACAUGCGCAUGAUCAGAAAGUCACUGGCAGACCAGGUGUCCCAACACAAGGAGUCCCGGGUCCCAGGAGAGCCACGGGACCUAAUUGACUGCUACUUAGGUGAAAUGGAAAAGAGGGGAGAUGCUGGCUCCUCCUUCGGUGAGUAUCAGCUGGUCUGUUAUCUGCUGGACCUCCUCUUUGCUGGAACAGACACCAGCUCCAACACCCUCCUCACAGCCUUCCUGUACCUCAUGACUCACCCAGAUGUUCAGGAGAGGUGUCAGAAGGAGAUCGAUGAGGUGCUUGGGGAGAAGGAGCAGGCCUCUUUUGAGGACAGGCACAGGAUGCCCUACACACAGGCCAUGAUCCAUGAGGUCCAGCGAGUCGCCGACACAGCACCAUUGAGCUUGUUCCAUGCCACCACCAAAGACACACAGCUGAUGGGCUACGAUAUCCCCAAGGGAACCAUCAUCAUCCCCAACCUCUCCUCAGUACUGAGUGAUGAAAGCCAGUGGAAGUUUCCUCAUGAGUUCAACCCCUCCAACUUCCUAAACGAUCAGGGGGAGUUUGUGAAGCCAGAAGCCUUCAUGCCUUUUUCUGCAGGACCUAGGGUGUGUCCAGGAGAGGGUCUUGCACGCAUGGAGCUCUUCCUGAUUGUUGUGACCCUGUUACGCCGCUUCAAGUUUAUCUGGCCUGAAGACGCAGGGGUGCCUGACUACACCCCUGUUUUUGGUCUCACUCAGACACCCAAACCCUACAGACUGGGUGUUAGACUAAGAGGCAGUGGAGAUUUAGGCCCCUAGUGCAGUUACAUACUGUAUAUAUGGGCUGUGUCUAUUGUGCUGCAUUGUCAGUGUUUGUAUGUGUGAGCACGCAAAUUUGCAUGCAUGUGCCAGUG